CAUACCUAAUACAUAUUUUAUACAAGUGUGUGGUUCUUAUUAGAUUAUGUGUUUUUUUUAUCCAACAGAACAACUACAGCACAACGGAAGUUUGUUCACGUUGUUCUUGCAUAGCCCUUUGACUGCAUUCUGUCUCAUAUGUAAUAUCCUAACGGUUAAAAUGCAUUUAUGGGAGAGGGCCAAUUCGUACGUAGAUAGGUUCAUCACGGAAGCUAGCCGUCUGUUUACCAGCAAAGUGAAACCAGACGUGUCUUACAUACAGUUCUUCGGUGACGACUUUUUACGGCUAUUAUUAUUGCGGUACGUCUUUUGCCACGUCGUACUUCGUCAUCAUCGAGCAUUCGUUGGAGAACAGUAUCUUCCGCGGUGUCAACCGCCAUUGCCUUUGGCCAGUUUUUUAGACGAGAUAUCUCUGAAGAAAUACGUAAGAGAGUUGGCCAAACACUUGGACGUUUUGUCACAUUUCGAAAACUUCGAAUGAUCCCCACGACCCACUAUUAUUAUUAUAUUGCUCGGCGGUCGUCAACUUCUUCCAGUAUAAAAAUAAUAAUAAUUAUUAUUAUUAUUAUUAUUGUUGUUAUUUUAUUAUAAUACGUCAUAGUAUGUAGUAUACCAUAUUAUUAUAUUAUAUUAUGUUUCUAUAAAUAUUGUACAAAGUCGUGAAAUCCGUGUGUGACCUAUAAUACCUGCAUAUUGUGUGAAAAUUGUUCGGAUAUAUGAUGUAAGUCAACGAUAUUUAAGUCUGUUUAAAAAUCUUGAUUUCGACCAAACGUACGUAAAAUGUGGUGAUUCGAUAUUCGUCUAAUUUAUAGAUGUGUAUCCCACAUAUAUUAAUUGUUUUGUUUCCAAUAACCGGAGUUCGAUAUUUGUUCUACAUAUUAGGUAUAUACGUUCAGUUAAAUAGUAGUAUCUAGAUUAAUUAAUAUAAUAUACAUGUAUGUAUAUUUAUAUAUUUAUACGAUAUAUGUUUAUGUAUAAAUAUAUGUAUAUAUAUAUUAUAUUAAAAAAUAAAAUACUAAUAAAAUAUCUAAGAUAUAAUAUAUAUAUUUAUACAAUAUAUGUUUAUAUGUAUACAGGGUGUUUCGCCAAGGAUAGCCCCACUGCUUUUUUCUUUAAUGAUGAACUUAUUCAAAAUCUGAAUUUUUUAAUUUUUGAAUAUGCUUAAAGACCAUAUUUUUUAAUACUUUAUAUUGUGUUUACGUCAUUUAAGGAGUGCAUGUGUCAGUGUCAUCAAAUUUCUGUUUUUCAAAUGAGAACCAUAGUUCUCAAAAGGUUAACCUUUAUUUACUUUAAAUUAUUCACCAGAUAAUUUUUUGAGAAUUUGUAUGUACAUUGUGAGUAUAGAUUCCGAACUAUUAAACAUUUAGUUUAUAGGUGCGAAGGAUAAUAGGUUUAUAGGUUUGGAAAAUAUGGGGCUAUGGUAAUUUUAAAAUUAUAGUAAUUAAUAUUAAUCUAACAACAUUUAAAUUUUUUUGAAACAGUCCGAGUAUAAUAAACAAUUGUUUCAAUAUGACAUCUAUUUUGUAUUUUUGUAAAACCAUUAAUAUUAGGGAAAUUCAUUUUAACAACUCAGAAACUACUCGUCUGAAUUUUGUUUUAGAUACCCACAUCAAAAUUAUCAAAAAAAAAAAAAAUGGUUUAUUCAAUAAUUUAAUGUAAAACGACGGUUCUCGUUGAAAAAAACAGAAGUUUUAAUUUCCACAGAACACUUCUUACCUAAGUGGUACAAAAAUCUGAAGUAGGUAUUCAAAGAAUAUAAUACGGUCUUUCAAAAAAUUUCAAAAAAUCAGAUGUAUUACUGCAUUAUGUAUUAUUUAAAAAAGAAAAGGGGGCGGACAUGCUUGGUGAAUCACACUGUAUAUUAUAUUAUGUUACAUAAAUAAUAUAUGAUUAUUAUUUUCUUUGUUUAGGCCCUAAUGGCUUAUUUAUUUGUUCAUAUAAUCUGUUAAAAACUAUUUAACUCCAUCGUAAUAUAUUUGAAACUUAAUAAUGUGUUAUGGUUUAAUCAAAAUACGUUCGAUCGAAAGUACAAUAAACGUAUAUAAGCGCUAAGGAAGCCUAUAAUGUUUAUAUACGUCAAUAAAAGUACCAAACUACAAUGUUAUAUUAUUAUAUAAGUUAUGUGUACCAAUUAAAUUUGAAAAAAACCUGUAACACUUUUCUUUUUUUUAAAUUCUAAUUUCUAAUAAUAAAUAGUUUAAUUUUUUUCUAAAUUAAUAAAUCAAUUUCCAAAUCUUCCAUUUUGUACUACGAAAAAUCUCUUAAAAUUGCAUUAUAUACAAAUUGUUAGCGAAAUAAAGUACAGUAUUUUUUAUAAAAUUCAUUAAUCUAUUUAUAUUAUAAAACUACUUGGUUAAAAAAAAAAAAAAAAAAACAUUGCUGCUUAAUAAAACCAAGUACCCUAAAUUAGUUUUACUAUAUAAGUGUUUUAUCGUCAUUAUUAUUAUAAAUUACUAUUGUUUCUGAAUACUGUUUCUUGUAAUCCCUGUAUAAUUUUGUUGUACCUACCUAUACUUCAUGGAGAAUAGUACGAUUUACGCGUACCGUGCAAGUACUGCUGAUGUACAUGUGUGGGUAAUGAGUUAGACGUACUACUCGCAUAUAUAUUAUAAUAAUAUAUAUAAUUUAAUGUUUUAAGCGAUAUAUGCAAUUGUUUACUAUAUAUACUCAAUAAAUCGGCCGAAAACUGUUUA